UUACCCUUCUUGAUUUAAGAAAGUAUAUAUAUAUAUUUUAUUUAAAGACGUCUAGUGUUUCAAAACAUUUUUUUUGUGAAGGUGAUUGUCACUGUAGCAUCCUAAUGCCUUUGCAAAUGGCGUGCAGUAGAUUAUGAGUACGAUUUAAGGAAGUACGAUAAAUACUACUAAUUGCGUUUUCUUUAAAUGUAAAUCACCAUUGCCGGUAAUAUUAUAUAUACUAAGAAAAUCUAGCGUUCUCUGUUUACUUACGAGAGAUUGUACUUGUUUUGGAAAAUCGGGAAAUUCCUUGUCUGAGAGAGGAGUUGCAGUUCUGACAGCGUUCACAAUGGGAGCCGAGCAAAGCGCUGAUUCUGAGCACAAGCAUUCCGACUUGAACACCUCAGCUGUGCCUUCUCCAGCAAAGCAGAAAGCCAAAAUGGAUGACAUUGUAGUGGUGGCUCCAGGAACACAGUCUUUGAGGAACAUAUACAACGACCCUGAUGUUAUUAAACUGCAGGAAAUACCAACAUUUCAGCCUCUUCUGAAAGGGGUCUUGAGUGGACAGACAUCUCCCAGUAGUAGUAAACUGGAGAAACUGGACUCCCAGCAAGUUCUGCAGCUAUGCAUGCGUUACCAGGAUCACCUCCACCAGUGCGCCGAGGCCGUCGCCUUCGAUCAGAAUGCUCUGGUGAAGAGAAUCAAAGAGAUGGACCUGUCAGUGGAGGCUCUCUUCUGCAUCAUGCAGGAACGGCAGAAGCGCUACGCUAAGUACGCUGAGCAGAUUCAGAAGGUAAAUGAGAUGUCUGUCAUCUUACGAAGGAUCCAGAUGGGAAUCGAUCAGACAGUGCCCCUGAUGGAGAAGCUCAACAGCAUGCUGCCAGAGAGCGAGCGCCUGGAACCCUUCAGCAUGAAGCCCGAAAGGGAGCCCAAGUAGAAGCCCGCCAGGAACGCCAAACACCGAAACACAAUCCUGUACAGUCAAAAUCCUUUACAUUCAAAAAGCAUUCACUCAAGGCAACUUUUUUGUUUCUGAAUUCAAAAUGGAGUUUAAAUGUAUGCUGAAAAGGUUAUUUUGAUAUUUUUAAAUGCUAGUACAGUACAUGUUCAUUUCUCCCUUUGGUAGUCAGUGGCCAUGCUGCAUGUCUUCUACCUUAAACGUUAGUACAGAGAAAUGACCAGGUGUAAUGGGGAGAGUGGAAGGCAGCUUUGCAACUAAUUCUUUGCUAUUAAAAGUUGCAUUGAAAUUGGGAGUACUGUAAGCUGUAAUGAAUGUGAAAUGAAUGCAUUUAUAAUGGAAAAGGACUUUUACUUACUAAAAAGAAUCUUCUUUGAAUCCAAAUGGAUUGCUUCUUGAACAAACUGACAAGCAAUUUGCUAGGAAAAGAAUGCCUUUUGAAUGCAAAAACAGGAUUCACUUCUGGUGCAGAUAUUGGUUAAAUCUGUAUACUAUGUGUAUGUAUGUGUAAAUUAUGUGUAUAUUUAUUUUCCACAACAUUAAAUCACCAUUUUGAUGGCCUCUUGAGUGUUGUUGAAAGCAGAUUAAAAUAUUUUAUGUUUUUUAAAAAGUAGAAGACAAACUUCAUUUUGAAACUGUUAUAAAACAGGAAAAAGUACCGAUAGCUUACUAAUGAGUUGUAAUUUUUAUGUUGAUGAUGAUAAUAAUAAUAAUAAUAAUAACAAUCACCAUCAUUAUACAAAGCCAAUAUAGGUCAGAGUAAAUAUAUAAGUGCUUGGGGGUAUCCAUAAUUUUGGCAUUGUGACAUCUUUUUGCAUGAGAUUUGUCUUCUGAUUAGCUGUGCUAAUGAAGGCUACAUAACUGUUUGCCCAUAUUUGCUUAAACUUUCUGUAAAGGUGUGUAAAUGUGAUGCUUACAAUAAUGACGCUUUGCACCUUUUAAAUUUUAAACGCCAAGCCUUUGUUUGUUCUUAUUACCAGUUAGACUCGGAGACAAAACUGUUUACUGUAUUUUAAUACACACUGAUGUCAGCAAUUACUGUACUUUUGAUUUAUUUAUUACUUCUUGCAAAAACUUUAAAUUCUAAAUCAAUUAGUUUUUAUUUUUAUUGAAUUUUUUAAAAUACACAGUCUCUUCGUUGUUAAGGUCCAUCACAACCGUGUUCUACCCCAUCUAUAGAAACAGCAGGUUGGCUGCAUUCAGUAAAAAGACCAGGGUGCUCUAAGCCAGUCUUGCUGUAGCUAUCUAUCUAUCUAUCUAUCUGUGUGUAUAUAUCUCCCGUAUUACUUCGAAUUAACACCGCCCUCAAAUGAAUGCCUCUCAGAUGUCAGCUUUUUAAUAGACGCUGCCAUCGAAUAAACGCCGCUCUCAAUAAAGAAACGUAAAGGUAUUUUUUUUCUACCCCUACUCAAAAAAUAAAUAAAGAAACUCGCAACUCUGGCUAGUACAUGUGAGGCCCCCAAAGAGACUGCAGCUUCAAUCCACUGUGUAAUACAAACUAAUGUACACACACCUUAGUAAGCACAUUUUAUUUUAUGGUACCGUCCCGACAGACAACCCAAGAUGAGCUACUUACAGCAUAGCAAUCCUUCACAUCCAUUUCUAUGCCAACACAGCAGGGGAUGAAACAAGGGCUAUCAGUUUACCUCAUCCUUAUCUUGGAUGGUGAAAACUUAAACUCAGAGUAAUUUAGAGCUUUGCCGGUCACUCUAAGUGCUACCUGAAAGCUGGCCAGAGUUAUCUUCUUGUAGGGUGUUCAGUUGUUUUGUUUUUUAUAC